CCCGCGGAGCAUCAGUCUCCCGGGAGACGGCGGCGGCGGCGGCGGCGAGGGAGCUGCAACCUCGUUCUCUCUCCCGUGGUCGCAGAGCCCGGCGGCGGCACGAGGCCUCCCCAUGGAUUCCCAGAAAGAAGCUCUGCAAAGGAUUAUCACAACUCUGGCAAGCAAAAAUGAUGAAAUUCAGAAUUUUAUUGAUACUCUAAAUCAUACACUAAAAGGAGUUCAGGCCAAUUCUUCUAGCAUACUUUUAGAAUUAGAUGAGGAAUUUGAUGGUCUUUAUUCUAUAUUGGAUGAGAUGAAAGAAAGUAUGACAAAUUCUAUCAAGCAAGAACAAGCUCGUAAAUCACAAGAACUACAGAGUCAGCUUAGUCAAUGUAAUAAUGCCCUGGAGAAUUCUGAAGAGCUACUAGAAUUUGCUUCCAGGUCACUAGACAUAAAGGAACCAGAAGAAUUCUCAAAGGCUGCCAGACAGAUCAAAGAUAGAGUCACAAUGGCUUCAGCUUUUCGCCUUUCUUUGAAACCAAAAGUCAGUGAUAACAUGACUCACCUAAUGGUGGAUUUUUCUCAGGAAAGACAGAUGCUCCAGACUUUGAAGUUUCUUCCAGUUCCCAAAGCUCCAGAGAUAGAUCCAGCAGAAUGUUUGGUAGCUGACAAUUGUGUAACAGUUGCUUGGAAGAUGCCAGAAGAAGAUAAUAAGAUUGAUCAUUUUAUACUAGAAUACAGGAAAACAAAUUUUGAUGGACUUCCACGUAUAAAGGAUGAGAGAUGCUGGGAACUAAUAGAUUACAUUAAGGGCACUGAAUAUACAUUAUCUGGGUUAAAGUUUGAUUCAAAAUAUAUGAAUUUCCGAGUUCGAGCUUGUAACAAGGCUGUAGCAGGAGAAUAUUCUGAUCCAAUAACAUUGGAAACCAAAGCACUUAACUUCAAUUUGGAUAGCUCAUCAUCCCAUCUGAACUUAAAAGUUGAAGAUAACUGUGUAGAAUGGGAUCCAACUGGAGGAAAAAGUCAAGAAAAUAAAGUGAAAGGAAAGGAAAAUAAAGGCAGUGUCCAUGUUACUGCACUGAAGAACAAUAAAAGAAGUGGUACACCAUCACCUAAACGUACUUCAGUGGGCUCUAGACCAUCAUCUGUAAGAGGCAGCAGAGAUCGUUUUACUGGUGAAUCAUACACAGUAUUGGGAGACACUGCCAUCGAAAGUGGACAACACUAUUGGGAAGUCAGAGCCCAGAAAGACUGUAAAUCCUACAGUGUGGGACUAGCAUAUAAAACUCUGGGGAAAUUUGACCAGUUGGGAAAGACAAACACUAGUUGGUGUAUCCAUGUUAACAAUUGGCUACAAAGCACCUUUGCAGCAAAGCAUAACAAUAAAGCCAAAGCUUUAGAUGUUAUUGUUCCUGAAAGGAUAGGAGUGUUCUGUGAUUUUGAUGGAGGUCAACUCUCCUUCUACAAUGCAGCCUCAAAGCAAUUAUUGUAUUCUUUUAAAACAAAAUUUACACAACCAGUGCUCCCUGGUUUCAUGGUCUGGUGUGGUAGACUUUCUUUGGGUACUGGAUUGCAGGUUCCGAGUGCUGUGAAAACACUACAGAAACAUGAAAAUGGAAUGAGUGGUUCAACUAGCAGUCUGAACAAUGUUAUGCAGUAAUGUUACUUCAAAAAAAUGUUUACUUUUCUUUUUAUUUUGGUGUUUUUUUCUGUGCACAGAUGCUUAUGAACAAUGGAUUAACCAUUUGGGUUUGCUGCCCUCUGCUGCUUUUAAGGCCUCGAUACUGUUAACAUUAAGCUUCUGGAAUGAAGUAUUAGCAGGAACCUACUGUGAAAUUCAAUAAGAAGUAGUUAUAAAACUAGGGACUGGCUUUCUGAACAAUAGAUGAAGAUAAAAAUGACUUUUUUUAAUUUUAGAAGAAAACUAAUUUAUCAGUUUUCUAGAUAUUUUGUUGGUUUUUCUGUUUGUUUAUACGUAGGACUCCAAAAGCCAGGAAUAACCCUGGUUAGGAAGGUUUACCACUUAAUUGACUACAAUAAUUUUUCAACUUCCUGAUGCUUUUCUUUCCUUAAUUUUGUGAUUCUUCAAAAAAGAAAGACUUUUAGUUCCCAGACUGAAGCUUUAAACAUUUUUAGCCUUUAGAAGUUUUAUAAUAUUUGAGACUGUUGGGAAUGGCAAAAAGAUUUUCCUACAGUAACUUUAACAUUUUCUCCCUUUGAAAAUGAAUAGGGUUUUGAUUUUUUUUCUCCUUGCUUUAUAUGUUGAAUAAAUAAGGCUGCUCUUCUUCCCCCUUCUCUCUUCUUUGUGAGUCUAUUUAAACUGACAGUGGUGAGAGAAAUUUUACAUUAUUUUUGUGACUUUACACAGAUUAGACAAAUUAAUUGAUAAACAUUCUAGUUUAAGAGAUUUAAUUUGGUACUGGUUCCUAUAAUCUAGAAAAUUUGUAACAUUAGUGGGAUGAUAUAGGGAUUUUCCUCAUCAUGCUCUUACGUUCAACUAAACUUCUUUUUGUAGGUCAGUUUGGACAAUGGAUGGAUUUUUAAGAGUUUUUACAGUGUUCUCUGGUAUUAUUUCCUACCAAGUUAAAUCUGUAGUGAAUUUACAAUUGGAUUUUGUUGUAUUUUAUUGAUUUAAGGUUUUGUAGUAAGGUUAAAAAAGCAUUAAACUUUGCAACUCAUCAAACAAAAUUAUUUGUAAAGGUGGGAAAAUAAGCCACUCUAAUUCAACCUUGUAUUUAAAAGAGGAGAGAAAAAUUAAUACAGAAAGUACUUGCCAUUCAUGCCUUUUUUAGGAAUGCUGUACUUAUCAUUGUUCUUUACUAUAAAAUUAUAUUUAUCCGAGUUCACUAAUAAAAUGGAAGUGACCUGAAAUAGUUUAGAAAAAGAAUCCACACCCUUCUGAAACAAUUUAUACCUAUGAUUAUUUUAAAUGAAAGAGACAACUUUGUGCGAGUUCUUUUGUUCCAUUUACUUUUAGUCUAAAGUAGAUACAACUCUUCAAGAGUUGAUGUAUAUUUAAUUGAAAGCAUGUUAAACACUAUUUUAUUUAAAAAUAAAAAUUCUUGUCUAGUGAGGGCAAUAAAAAUUAUAAGGCAAAGUAAACCUGAGAUAAAAAUCUCUGGGAACUCGAAUCUCAGUAAUUGAAAAAGUAUAUGAACUUUUUUUUAACCACUUAAAAACCUGAAUAUGUAUUUUCCCUGUUUUUGAAAAGUUUUUUGUGGAUUUUAAAAAAUUUUUAAUUCUCAUUUCAAAUACCUUAGGGUAGAAGAGUUUUUCCUCAAGGAAGCUACCUUCUCUUCUUUAAACUCCUCUGUGUUGAUCACUAGAAAAAGCUCAUGAUGCUUUAAAUAUAGUAUUCUCUCAAUAAAAGCAUAGUACUUACAUGCAGGUGUUCUGUUUUACUCUAUACAAUGAUUGUAAAUGAAGAAUAUUAUUCUAUCUAGUGAUGUAUAGUAGCAGUAGUAAAAGAUAAUAUUUGUACCACUGACCUGAAGUCAGAUGGUUUUAAGGCUGUAUAAUAAUAGAGCAUGAGAAAAAGGAUAUUUUAAAAUAUGAACAUAGAUAAUCCUAGUUCUCAAAGCACUUUUCUUCUGGUUUCCUUCCAUUUCUUUUGGAAAAAAUUGACAAGAAUGUACUAUGCUUAACCUAAUUUUGAGGGAGUACCAGAGAAGCUUGAAACAACAAAGAAUUCAGUUUCCUUUGCCAAAAGCAAAUCCUAAAACAAAAAUCCAUUACUCAGUCUCUUGUUUAUGGAAAUAAGUGAGAGUAUCUUGGUAGUUAUUACACAGAAAAAAGCCAAAAAUUCUUUUCUAAUUUUUUUUAUAAGAAUGUCUCGUUAUGGUGAUAUCAUCUGGUUAAUUCAGUGCCUUCUAAAUUUUUUCAGUGCCCCAACACAGUUUUAAUUGAUGGUACUCAAGCCAGGGAACAUUUUGUUAUAUUGCAAAUAAAAAUUUUUUUAAAGGAUGGGUAUGGUGAGAAGGGUUGGAGUAUUUACAGUUCUUAUGUAUGUUAAUGUCCUCAUCUUGACACUCCUCAUAUCAAAAUUAUUGAGAGGAAAAUCUUAUAAAUUUCCCUGGAAGAAGUUUACUAUUGAUAAAAACUUGUGUGAUAUCUAAUUUCUCAGAGGAUUUUAUAAUAAGAAAAUGAAUUUAGUAAAUCCAAGAUCCUAUGUCUCCCUUCACAUGUGUAACACUUACUAUUAUUACCUCUAGUAUUACCAUAAAAUGUACAGUUAGGAUUUUGCUAUGCUUUUUUAAAAAUUAAAGUUAAAAGUCAGAAUGUGUCUGUAUGGAUCUUUUAUGAGUUCUUUUUUAGAGCUCCUUUUAAAAGUGUAUGAUCAUUCUGGUCUUUAUUUUGAAAACUGAAACAAGAUUGAUUUCUAUAUUGGAAAUGUAUGGGAGAUGAACCGAAAUUAAUACAUGAGGCAUUACUAAAUUAUGUUAUUUUAGGAUCCCUUAGCUCACUGAACCUUUAAAUAUCAUUUCUGUUUUUAAUAAAUCAGAGAAAGAAAUGUAAGGAGUUGCCUUAAGCACUUUAGAUAAGAAUCUUUUUAGAUUGAAAUUUGACACUCUGACCUAUGUUAUAUUAUUUCUAAUACUGUGUGCAAGUAUAUUCCUGUGCAGUAUUCCAUAAUUAUUUAUGUUACUUGCACUUUGUGAGUUAAUGUAAAUUGUUAAAGGAUGCAAUAGAAGUUCCAGAUGCUAGAGAAUGAAUAAAGGCAUUAUUGAGGCAUAUA